GUCUUCCUUCCUCUUCUUUCUGCCUCUCUUCGGUCAAUUCUACCCGACGAACCCUAGAAUUCCGAAUCAACUUUGUUUUCGUCUCAAAAUUUGAUUUAUGCUGUCUGGGUCUACUUUCAAAUCUUCCGUGUGGUGUUUUCAGUUGAAAUGAGGAGUCUGUUUACCACCAACUUGCAGUUUCUGUAGGAUUUUCUUACGGACCUCCAGUUCGACUUUUUUUUUUUUUUGCCCAGAUACUGUUUUUCGUCGGGCUAUUACCUGUACAUGCUUUUGACUUGCUAGUUAUUAGUGAGUUCUUGGUCAUGGCUAGUCGUCAUGGAUGGGAGCUGCCUUUUCACAAUUUCCAGGUUGUGGCUAUAACAGUUUUUUUCCUGUUAUCUGUUGCAUAUUAUGCUUUCUUUGCUCCUUUUCUUGGGAGGGACAUAUAUGAGUAUAUGGCUUUUGGCGUUUACUCAGUCUUGGCUUUCUCUGUAUUUAUUCUUUAUGUUUGAUGCACUGCCAUUGAUCCUUCUGAUCCUGGAAUCCUACUUGAUGCUGAUGAGACCUCAAGGCAUACAUCACAAUUCAAUGGAGAGUUGCCAGAACCAAACAAGAUAGGACUACAGGUUGAAGGUAUGUCUGACCAGCAUGGUUCACAUAGUUGCCGGAAACUUGGAUGCUUCUUCUUUGGUUUUCUUGUCAGAGAAGAUUGCUGCAGUAAUGAAGAUAUUUUACAGCAGCAAUCUGGAGGUGACGGCCUUCUAUUCUGUACAUUGUGUAAUGCAGAGGUCCAGAUGUUCAGUAAGCAUUGUAGGAGUUGUGCCAAAUGUGUUGAUGGAUUUGAUCACCAUUGCCGGUGGUUGAACAAUUGUGUUGGAAGAAAGAAUUACGUCACAUUUGUGUGCCUCUUGGCAGUGAGCAUUGUUUGGCUUAUGGUUGAAUUUGGAGCUGGGAUUGCUGUGCUCAUCCGAUGCUUUGUUGAUAAAAGGGGUACAGAAAAUCAAAUUGCUGAAAAACUUGGGGUUGGAUUCUCUCAGGCCCCUUUCGCUACAAUAGUGGCAAUAUGUACGGCUGUCUCCUUGCUGGCAGCUAUACCUUUGGGAGAAUUAUUUUUUUUCCAUAUGAUCCUGAUUAGAAAGGGAAUCACAACCGAGUACGUUGUUGCAAUGAGAACACUAAGUGAGGCUGGACCGUCAGUGGAGAGUGGAAGAAGCUCUAUUGGAAGGAGUCUGCAAUAUAAAGGUGCUUGGUGUACGCCUCCAAGAAUUUUUAUGGACCACCAGGAUGAAAUUAUACCGCAUUUGGAGCCAGGACGGCUACCAUCCACUGUUGAUCCAGACAUGAUACAGCCACCUGACAAGGAAAAGAAAUUAAAUCAGCGUCCAGUGCGAAUCAGUGCAUGGAAACUAGCAAAAUUGGAUUCUAAUGAGGCUGCAAAGGCAUGUGCAAAAGCAAGAGCAUCAUCAUCUGUGCUUCAUCCAAUUAGUUCUCGACCUUAUCCACAUGAUGCUGAUCAUUUAUCACCUAGCAAUGAGAGCAGAAGAAGCAGUCCGGUUGGCAACCGAGGAUUUGGGAAAGAUGGAGCAUCAAGGUCAUCUCCUUCCAAGAGCUCGUAUCCACCCAGUUAUGUGAGCAGGGAAGAUAGUAUCAGUAUCUCGAGCAGUCCUCAACACUCGAACUUGGCUACUUCGCCAAUGAUGCAGCAGCAGCAGAGUUCAAACAGAGAUCAUAUGAAUCCCGUGUAUGAGCAAUCAUCCGCAAAUCAGUCACCAUGGUCAGCUAAAGAAAGGGAAAGAAGCAGUGUACGUGCAAUUCAGGUUGCCAUGAGAAACAGCAGAUUGGCCAUUGCUGAAGACGGAAGAUCGUCAGUGUUUUGGGAUCAAGAAGCUGGGCGCUUUGUGGCUUCGUCAGGGCACAGCAGCAGUCAGAUUUCUGGGAGAGAGUUAUUGUACACGGAGCAUUCUAUAUUCUAUGGAAGCCCGGUGGUGAAUGAACGGCCAACAGGGGAAGCCGGUAAUGUGGGUAGAGGUGACCGGCUGCCCGUGUUUGUUGCCGGUUAUUCCCAGCAAAACAAGUUCCCUUCUAGACAACGCUACUAGAGCCGUGUCCCCUAGGUCGACGUGGAUUAACAAUGCAUUGGAUAUUCGCGCCUCAAACGAUAGCACAUGGGAAAAAAGGAUGGCAAAAUCUACCUUUACUUUUUCAGCAGAUUGAACCAAAUAUAAUCAGAUGAGUUGUAAUUUAUUCCAAUAGUGGAAGUUUCCAAUAUUUUUGCACAUUUUUAGGAAAUUAUGCUAUGUUCUUAAAUUUGUCAAAGAAAAAUCCAAAAACCUCAAUUUUACAA